AUGGUGGCCGCGACCCACACACCGGCUGCGCGGACCAAUAUCCUGCAGCAGCUGGAGCAGGCCGAAAACAUGACGGAUGAGGAGAGGGUCAACAAGUACUUCUACAACCUCUACGUCUCGAACAUCACCACCGACGAGAUGAUAGAAGUGAUGCACCGCUUAGACAGCAGCCCCGACGGGUCCCGGAACAGGGAUACGUAUCGCACCAUGCUCACGAUACUCUUCAACGAGUGCAGGUUCUUCCCCAAGUACCCCGUCCAGGAGCUCGCCAUCACCGCGGAGCUCUUCGGCAAGAUGAUUAAGGAGGGGCUGCUGACCUGUAAUGGCAACCUGCUCUUGCUCGCGCUGCGCUGCAUCAUCGAGUCGCUCAGGCGCGGCAAGUCCUCCAAGAUGUUCCAGUUCGGCACCGUUGCGCUGUCGCAGUUUGAAACGUCGAUCGCGAACUUCCCCUGGUUCGCCAGUCAGCUGCUGGACGUCCCUGACGUGCGCGAGACUUUCCCGCAGCUGUACAAGACCUGCGAGAAGCUUCAAACCAUAAUGACGGAGGCCAUGCUGACCACGACCUACGUGGACCAGUACCGGGGGAUCAUAUUGCGCCCCGAGGACUGCUUUCCGGGUCCGAUUUUGGACGCUCCGGACUCCGAGGCCCCCAAUAUCGAAAUGCUGCUGGCCACGGCGGAUAGGGAUAGGCUGGACGUCGGAGAGAUGGAGUCCCUCAUGAACGGUGUCGCGGAGGAGUUCACGAUCACGGUUCCGCCAGGGCCGGUGGUGAACCUAAUCUACGCCGCCUUCAACAACAUGGCGGCCGACAGCGCGGCGCAGAAGGCACGGGAGGUCAACGAGGUGUUAUCGCCCGAGAACGUGUCCUGGUUGCUAGUAUACAUCAUCAAAACGAGAGCCUCGAAGGAACAGAACCUACACGAGGUCUUUGUUAUUUUCAUCGAAAACGUCAAGAUACCCAAGAUAUUCGACAUGGCCAUUCAGAUCACGUACGCGUGCAUCUCAGCCUGCCUGAAGAACAUCGUCGAGUUCAAGGGGCUAGCGUCGUACCGCACGCUUCUGAGGAACCUGGGCAGCUGGAUCGGCAGGAUUACGGUGGGCCGAAACAUGCCCAUCAUGAGUCGCCACCUGGACCUCAAGCAGGUCAUCUACCACGCGUACGAAAACGGCGCCAUGAUAGCGGCACUGCCGUUCGUCUGCAAGAUUAUAGAAAACAUAAAGCAUUCAAAGAUUUUCAAGCCGCCGAACCCGUGGACGACGGCCAUGCUAAACUUCCUUGUGGAGGUACACAGGCUGAAGGCGCUCAAGACCUCCCUGGUAUUCGAGGUGGAGGUGCUCUUCAAACACCUCGACCUCAACAUGAACAGCUUCGCAAACAAAACCAGGCUGCUCGAGUCCAAGGUGCGGCCCGAAGACUCGCCCGACUUCGACAUCUCCGUCAUCGGCCACAGGGUGGAUAAGGGGGCGCAUCAACAUGCGCGGGAACCGGCGCCGCGCAAGGUAAAAGCGCCGCCGCUGACAUCUGGUACGCAGACAUCGACGUUAACCAAGGCUGCGCAACAUGCCAUGCAGAAUGCUCUGCUGACCACCAUGCCGCCCAGACAGCCGGUGAGGUCUGGUGGGGUCUAUGGAAGUGCACCAUUGCUCUACACAAGAGGCUUGCCAAAUUACUUCUAUGAUUUGGAAAUAAUGCGCUACAUGCCGUUAGCGCUUCAAGGCGCUUUUGUAAACGAUGAGUCCGUCAGGGACAAGCUUAACAUUCUGCUCGGCAGGGUUAUGCGCGAUAAAGGUAAUCCCAAGGGUGAGCAGGGGUCACUAGAUUCAAUAUCCGAAGAGCUGCUUUUAGCUUUGAGUAGUUCCUUCUUGGGUAUUCCUCCCGAAAGCUUCAAGCCCGGCAUGUCCUUGCCCGCCAAUAUGCCUUCUGAGCAGCAGUCGCAGCUCUCUACGCCUCCCCCUCCGCCCGUCGUGGAGAACCUCGCCAACAUGCCGCUGAGCAGCUACGGCGAGCGCCUUCUCCAGAAGCUGCACGGCGCGGUGAUUAUAUCGCCUGCGAUCGCAAUAUUCGAAAUCCAGCCGCAGCUACGCGGGUGCGUGCCUGUGGCAAUUGAGAGGGCCAUACGCAGGGUGCUGCCCAUAGUCUCGGAACACUCGAUCUCGAUUGCGAGGGCGACCACGCGUGUUCUCAUCACGAAUGAUUACGCCGGAGAGGACGACGAGGUCACCUUGAGAGGCGCCAUCCACACCAUGAUGGAGACUUUUGCCACCUCUCUAGUAAGGGCCACCUGCAAGGAGCCGCUGAGGAUCGCCUUCCAUGAAAGCUUGAGGGCUGCCUUGCAGACCUACCGCACGCAGGAUUGCAAUGACCAGGUGCUGAUAGAACAGCUGGUGCAGAUUAUUAGUCAGGAUAACCUGCUGCCGGCGGUGGGCGUUGCCGAAAAGAUCGUGGGGGAACGUGCGAUCCGCGAAGCCGACGCCUUGGUUCCUGAUAUAGCGAAGACGUGUAAAACGGUGCCGAAGAUCACCAUCACGCUGCCGCCUCUGCUGCAGCAGUGGAACAAGCUGAACGUCUUUGUGGACAAGAGGAACCUCACGCUCUACAGGAGCUUGUUCCAGCGUCCGAACCGUCCGGUGGCGCCUCCGCAGCACAGCCAAUCGCAACCGGCUCCUCAACCCAAAAGCCAACACAACAAGCAGCAACAGGGUCAACAGCAGAAACACCAGCAGCAACAACAGUCUGGACAAGGUCAACAACAGUCGCACGGGCAAGCCGGAAGUCAGAAACACCAGCAGCAACAACAGCAACAGUCUGGUCAGCAAGGCCAACAACAGUCGCAUGGGCAAUCCGGAAAUCCGAAACACCAGCAGCAACAACAGUCUGGACAAGGCCAACAGCAGUCGCAUGGGCAAUCCGGAAAUCCGAAACACCAGCAACAGUCUGGUCAGCAAGGCCAACAGCAGGCCCAUCGGAACCAGCAACAACAGCAGUCUGGUCCGCAAGCUCAACAACAGGUCCAUCGGGGUCAACAACAACAACAACAGCUGUCGGGACAAGCUCAACAGCCGAAGAGCCAGUCAUUGUUGGGACCAAAUCAACAGCAAAAAACCCAGCAACUGUUAGGACAAGCCCAACCGCAGAAAAGCCAGCCAUUGUUGACACAGGGCCAGCAGCAGAAAGCCCAGUCAUUGUUGACACAGAUCCAACAACAAAAAAGCCAGCAACUGUUAGGACAAGCCCAACAACAAAAAAGCCAGCAACUGUUAGGGCAAGCUCAACAGCAGAAAAGCCAGUCAUUGUUGGGACAAGUUCAACAACAGGCCCAUCGGAACCAGCAGCAACAACAACAGCAACUGUUAGGACAAGCUCAACAGCCGAAGAGCCAGUCAUUGUUGGGACCAAACCAACCGCAGAAAAACCAGCCAUUGUUGGGACAAAAUCAGCAGCAGAAAAGCCAGCCGUUGUUGACACAGGGUCAACCGCAGAAAAACCAGCAACUGUUAGGACAAGUCCAACAACCGGCACACGGUCAAUCGGGUCAACCUCAGAAAAACCAGCCAUUGUUGGCACAAAACCAACAGCAGAAAAGCCAGCCAUUGUUGGCACAAAACCAACCUCAGAAAAGCCAGCCAUUGUUGGCACAAAACCAACAGCAGAAAAGCCAGCAACUGUUAGGACAGGCUCAACAACCGGCACACGGUCAAUCGGGUCAACCGCAGAAAAGCCAGUCAUUGUUGGGACAAGGUCAACAACAGUUGCAUCGUGUACCGCAGCAACAACAGCAAAAGCAUCAACAACAACAACCGCAGCCGCAACCGCCACAACAUCAGAAUCAACAAAUGCCUCCGCAACAACAUAUUCCUCCCGUGAAUCACCACCAACGACCGCCAAUGCAGCAGCCGCAACCGCAGCCCCCCCAAAGACCAGCGCAGCAACAGGCGCCACAGAACCCUCCGCAAGCUUUAGCGCCAGCAUCGAUGCCUCCGUCAGCCAGGGGCCCACCAGCCGUUCCCAUGCCAAUGCCCAUGGCGCCGUCCAACGGGAUACUGUCCAGGUUCGAAGAGGCCUUUGGCGAGGUUAGGGAGCCGCUACGGGACAUCGCGUUGUUCCCGCCGAUUCUGUACUCGCAGUCUCCCGCAGAGCGGGGUAAAAAACCCAUAAUGUUCAGCACCCAUGCGCUGCUGGUGCUCUACAGCCUCCCCGUCGACCACGAAAUCUUUACGUGCAUCGCCAAUUGUCUCAACGUCAUGCAGAACUCUAAGGAUAUGGAGAUGGCGUCGCUGGCCAUCGCUCACAGGCUCAUCAUGUUCCUCUGCGAGGGAAUUGGCUCUCACGCGGGUCUCAACGUGGAGGUUCUGCUCUGCGUUUUGGAAGGUCUCGCCAGGCUCAACGUCGCGGUCAAGCAGGCAAUUUGCUCCAUCAUCUAUGCCAAUCCAGUUGACGAGAGUAACACGGUUUUCACCGUGGCCACGAUUACGGGGUUGCUGCGAUACAACUUGCUGGACUGGCAGCAACUGACACACUUCCUUAUUUUAUCCAUGGACAAGGGAAAGAACGUUUACGCGGUAGAGAUGACGAUCGUGAUCACGGCGAUAGCCGUCGUAGACCAGCGGAGCAUCCAUCCGGAGCGUGCCACGCAAAUCAUACGGGAAAUUGCCAACACCAAAUGCGGCCAGGAUAUGUGUGAAAACUACCCCGGCAUAAUGCUGAAGGACGCUCGUAGCAAGCUGUUGAAGGAUUAUAUGGAUCUGCACCGCGAUGCGAGAAUCGUGGUCUCGUCGCUGACACCCAUCAUCAAGGAUAAUCUGUCUGCGUGCGUACCUUACGCCUCGUUCAACAUUAUGUGCCCGGAAAGUGACACUGACCCCGUGCCUGAAGUAUUCCUUCGCGAGACCAUGAUCGUUAAUCUCGGAUUCGGAGGCGUGAGACGCGUAUCACCGCCCCCUGCCGUGUCUGACUCCCACCGCGCCAUCAUUACCAUAAUAUUCGCCAAGUGGAUUGAGUGCAGCUUGUCCUAUGAGGGCGACAACCUGCUCCUGGCUUGGCGCCAGUUCUUCCAAAGAUUUAACCUGCAGAACCUGUUCAAGAUGGACGGCGGAACGGAUAACUUCUUCGCCAUCUGUGUCGGCAGUGCCGUGGCGAACUCCCCCUCUCACGGAACCCCUUACACAAGUGCGCAACUUGCAGACUCUGCAUUCCCGUACCAUCCGGUAGACAACAUGGUCGCACUGGCCAAAAUGGUCGAUGUCAUGCAGAGACUUGUCGGAGGCAGCGAUGUGCCGCCCUCAAGCGCGCUGCAGAAGCUGUUGUCGGCAACAGCGAGCCUGAUUGUCUACGGUGAGCGUUACAUGGGUUACUACAAACUCUGGGUGGUCAUGAUGAACUACUUCGACAAGAUCGAGACACUCAACGGACAGAUUGUUUGCAGGAUCACGUUCUUGAACGCCCUCAAGAUUAUCUCGCCGCUGCGAGCGCCGGAGUUCGCAUACUACUGGAUCAGGCUCGUCGGGCACAAGAGCUUGUUGCCUGGAGCCAUGGCAGUGCCAAGGUGUUGGCAACUCGUGGCCAAGCUGCUCCUUCAGGCGACGUGCUUCAUGCAGAGCACCAACGCGAUGGAACAUACGCCUCAUCUGGAGCAGGUGUACUACGAGCUGGUCCAGCGGCUGUGCAUAGACUACCCGCACUUUAUUGUCGAGUACUACUUCUGCAUCGGAGGCUCGCCGCGGAUCGAGCGGCUGGUCGGCUGUUGCAGCAUUGAGCCCCAAUCCACGCCUUUCGGCACAUUGAAAACGCCAGUAGACCACCUUCCUGCCAUGCUAUACAUGCCGAGGGUUGCUCCGUUUAUUGUCACAAUACUCUUCCGGCACGAGAUCAAGCCCCAACUCGACAUACUGCUACGUGUCAUGUCGCACAAGAACCGGUUACCGCCUGUAUCUUCCAUCAAUAUCUACGGGGCGGACUUCGAAGAACUGUUGGAGGUUCUCGAGGACGUAGUCAUAAACGACCCCGCACAGGCGCCCACGCUCUUCACCGCCCUUACCUUCUACAUCGGCGUUGAGUUCCCGCACGCCAUGGCGGGCCAAGUACAGACAGACGACACACGGAUUUAUCUGUACAUGGACCUCAUGCGCAGCUUAUCAAUGGCGGGCAAGUACGUGUUCGUCAAUGCGCUAUGCCGGCACAUGCGGUUCCCGAACGCCCAUACACACUUCUUCAGCUGCCUGGUGCUCUGGAUGUUCGACGAGCUUCGCGAGCCAGGCGACGAAGAAUCGCGGGACGUCAUGCUCAGGGUGCUCCUGGAGCACGUGCUGGCGCCACCCGAGUGCCCGUGGGGAGUGAAGUUGGCCGUGCUCGAGCUAUUCAGCAACCCAAGGUUCGAGCUUAGCGGAAGCGCUUUCCAGUUAUUACCAGACCCUCUGCAGUCGAUUAUUGAUUCCGUCGCACGUGUCUGUUCACAGGAUUAA